CUCAGACCACUUCCUGGGGGUGGAGAGGACCUCAGCGCCUGCUGCGACAGUCCAGGAAGGCGGUAACGCCCGAGUCCCGAGACUCCGGCUGUUGCCAACAGAGUCCUGGGACACUCUCGGCUCUGACUGCGAGAGCAUCUUCUCUCUCCAGCCAUACAGAACGGCUCGCCACCGGUCCCCAUCAGUUGCGCCUCCAUCUGUUGGGACCCGCGCCCCUAAGCUUGGCCAGGCCUCUGGGCAGGCCGUCGGAACCCGGCGUGGGCUCUCCUAACUGCAAAAGCUAUCUACUUAGAAACCCAGAAGCUGAGCCCUUCAGAGUCCGGCUGGUGCUCGCCACCGUCACCUGCUGGUUGAAUUCCGGAAACCCACUGUCUGAAGAACACAGAAGGGAAUCGCUGACCUCGCAGAAUCAGAAUCGUCUGGACCAAAAGCUCCCUUGGCCCUGUCUCGCUGCCUUCUCUUCUUCUCGUCGGUUCUUUCAUCCUUUUGGGGAUUUCUGUGUCCUGAAGCCCCCAAUCGCCACCAACGUAGCUGGGGUGAGCUACAAACUUUGCUGUCUUGUUCUCCAAACUCUGCCUCCAACAUAGCGAGUCUGAACAUUACCACCCGAUUCUUCCCAAAUCCAGGAGAUUCUGCCUUUUCCUUCUCCUUGCUUGUCUCUUACAGUCCCCAAAAUUUCCCCCCCUCCUGUGUCCUCUUCACCCCCUUCUUUUGGGGGCCCCGUGACCCUAAAUGUGGGGGGAACACUAUACUCCACUACAUUGGAGACCCUGACUCGUUUCCCAGACUCCAUGCUGGGGGCCAUGUUUAGGGCUGACACCCUUAUGCCAGCCAAUCUCAACCGGCAAGGAGAUGGCCAUUACUUCAUCGACAGAGAUGGCAAGGCUUUCCGGCAUAUCCUCAAUUUCCUGCGCCUGGGCCGUCUGGACCUGCCCCGUGGGUAUGGAGAAACUGCACUUCUUAAGGCAGAGGCUGACUUCUACCAGAUCCGGCCCCUUCUGGAUGCCCUGCGGGAAUUGGAAGCCUCUCGGGGUACCCCUGCCCCCAGAGCUGCCCUGCUCCAUGCAGAUGUAGAUGUCAGCCCCCGCCUGGUACACUUCUCCGCUCGAAGGGGCCCGCACCACUAUGAGCUGAGCUCUGUCCAGGUGGACACCUUCCGAGCCAACCUCUUCUGUACUGACCCUGAGUGUCUGGGGGCCAUGCGCAAGCGCUUUGGUGUGGUCAGUGGGGACAGGGCGGAGAGCGGUCCACAUUUUCGUCUAGAGUGGGCCUCCCGCCCCCGGGAACUCCCUGACGUGGAGUAUGAAAGACUGGGGCUGCAGCCGCUGUGGACCGGGGGCCCAGAAGAUCGGCGGGAGGUGGCGAACACGCCUGCCUUCCUGGAGGAGGUGCUGCGGGUGGCUCUGGAACAUGGCUUCCGCCUGGACUCGGUCUUCCCAGACCCUGAAGACCUACUGAACUCCAGAUCUUUACGCUUUGUCCGCCACUGAGCAUGCUGCCUUUCACUUGACUGUGGAGGAACGGCUCUUCCCUGCCUCUUUCUAGUUCUGGUGUGGGAGCUAUGAGAGUCAGGGAUCCCACCAAACCUGACUGGAGCCUAGAUGUAGGCUGAGAUUCCCAAAUCGAGCUGCCCCGACUCAGCUCCCAGAACUCGAGUGGUCCAGAAGAUCUACACCGGGGCUUAUCCUGGGAAAGCAUCCGUGGUUUCUCGAGCCUGUUCUUGCUUGAGGAUGGGCCCUCUGUAUUCAGGGGUGUGGAAAAGUAAGGAAGCACCUCUUUGCCCAGGCUAGACUUAGCAGAACUCUGGAGGUUUGAGCACUAGGUGGAAGGACAUAUUUUGAAUUAUCCAAUGUGGUCUGUCCCCUAGACUGUGGCUUCCCCUCCUGGAGGUAGGCACCUUAUCCUACCAUGACCAUUAAGAGGCCAAGACAUCUGGGAGAUUUCUUUACUAUGUCCCAAGCCACCUACUGUGGGAGAUUGAAAAUAGACACCUUAUCCUAGGUUGACAAAAGGGAGCUAGGAGAACUCCCAUAAGCGUGGGGCUAGAGCACCCUUCUGGGAUUCCGAGCGUUUUAGAGGACUCUGUGUAAGUGGGGCUGGACAUGGGAAAGAUGGUAGUAUUUUUUAUGCCCUGCACUUCUUUCAUGUAUGUGUGGGCCAGCCACUGUAUCUGACUGAUGCUUGGGCCCCUGGCAUCUCCGUUCCCAUCAGUGUUGCCCACUCUUGUGUUUACGUGAUGGUCCUUCUGUGAUCCUGGCAUGUCCAGGCCUGUUUGGGGUUGCCUAGCAACUCUUCAGGCUCAGGUAUAUCUAUGGUAUGUGUGAGAGCAGACUGAGAUUUAGUUUAAUCAUAGGGUGUGUGUGUGUGUUUGCGCGUGUGUGUAUGCCCACACCAUCACGUAGGCAGGAGGGACUUGUUUGAGUUUGAGUCACUAGGCUCUUCCGAUGAGAGGUAAAAGCCACUGGGCUUAGCUAGGCCUCCGAGACCUCUGGGAGCUCUUGGUUGCUGAGACAACCGUGAGCCUGUUGCUAGGAAAUAGCUGGCUAAGGCCUAAGGCUGUCCUGGGCAGAGAGGAGACAGAGAGUUGACAGAGUGGAGAGGGUGUGGGAAGGGACAGCAUUUCUGGGUUCCUGAGUGGAUGCACACAUGCACAUGAUAGUCAUUCACCUAUCACUGUGACUUCUGGGAAGAAAAAUAAAAUUGCUUUCAGAACCA